AUGAGCCUCCAAAUUUCCCUCACCGCUUUGGUUCUCAUUGGAGUCGCUCAUGCCAGGGGCACCCAUCGCGACUGGAAAUGUCUGGAGGGGCUUGGGAUGUAUGGCGCCAUCUACGACUACUGGACCGGCGGCCAGCUGGGUAAGGCCGAAUUUGCCGCCUGCGGAUUCUACGAGUACGAACCGGUCAACGCCGAUUGCCAGAAACGAAUUGGUACCUACAAAUGUGGUAUCGUUGCUGUGGCGGCGAACGCGGGAAGCGGGCCAAAGGAUGAGCCGUAUAUCGCCAGACUGGAGCAGUGGAAUUUUUUGGUCAUGGGCGUCACGCUGAAAUUCAAAUCCGAGCCGCACUACUGCACGAACGGAACCCUUGAGGCGUUGGACGCAAUGGGUGCCGGGACCAAAAAC